AUGGCGUCCAUAGUGACCACUAUUGUGGAUAGAUUGGCUGCCACCCUUCAAACCGUUUUCGACCGCAUCCCGGGCAUGAUAGUUGCCCAGUUGCCCCAACUUGCUCUUAACACCCACCGGUCUAAGCUUGAGCGGGUGUCUAACUCUCAAGCAUCCUGGCCCCUUUCCCAGGUGGCUGCGGUAGACGAAACAGUUCGACUGCGACCUCUGAAGGCCCUCAUCGACCCCAGGCAAACCCGCACAGAAACGCUAAAGCAUCUUCAACGCGUGCAUCACGUCUACGCGGGUGCCGCGGAUAAAUUGGCACAGGCUCUUAGGGAUAAAUAUCUCUGUGGCCGACAUAACCCCAUCAAACCGGUGUACUCAUACGCAGGCUCAGAGAACGCAGACUUGGAUUGUUGCUUUCAACUCCACGAUCUGAAGGCGGCCCUGUUCAUGAUGAAGCGAAGAACAGCGCCUGAGCUGGGCAUGGCCAACACGUACGGGGAACUCGAAGAGGCCCAUCUCAACAACCAGUACCUGCGGCUUACCAGUGAUGUGCCUUAUAUUUUUCUUUUUUCUCUUCCACCCACUCAUCUGACAGGUGUCCGUGGAAGCCCGGACGCCAAGCGGCUGUACGACGACCUCAUAUCCCGAUACAACAAGCUGGUCCGGCCCGUGGUCAACGACACGGAUGCGCUCACAGUACGAAUCAAGCUCAAGCUCUCUCAGCUAAUUGAAGUGAAUCUCAAGAAUCAAAUUAUGACAACCAACCUCUGGGUGGAGCAAUACUGGGACGAUUACAAGCUAAGUUGGGAUCCUCGCGACUACGGUGGAGUGGACAUGUUGCACGUGCCUUCGGACCACAUCUGGAGGCCAGACAUUGUUCUCUAUAACAACGCCGACGGCAACUUCGAGGUGACACUGUCCACGAAGGCUCAGCUCAACUACACGGGUCGCAUCCAGUGGAAGCCGCCGGCCAUCUACAAAAGCUCGUGCGAGAUCGACGUAGAGUUCUUCCCAUUCGACGAGCAGACGUGCCUGAUGAAGUUCGGAUCUUGGACUUACGACGGAUUCAAGGUGGACCUCCGACACGUGGACGAGGUGCAAAAUCAAAGCUUGGUGGAAAUCGGUGUUGAUCUGACGGAGUUUUACCUCAGCGUCGAGUGGGACAUCCUCGAGGUUCCCGCGGUACGGCACGAGAAGUACUACACGUGCUGCGAACACCCUUACAUCGACAUCACCUUCAACAUCAGCAUGCGCCGCAAGACGCUCUUCUACACGGUCAACCUCAUCGUGCCCUGCAUGGGCAUCUCGUUCCUGACGGUGCUGGUCUUCUACCUGCCGUCCGACUCCGGCGAGAAGGUUGCUCUGUCCAUCUCCAUCCUCCUCUCGCUCACCGUCUUCUUCCUUCUGCUGGCCGAGAUAAUCCCGCCCGCGUCGUUAGUGGUUCCCCUGCUGGGCAAGUACCUUCUCUUCACGAUGGUCCUGGUCACUCUGUCCAUAUGCGUCACCGUGGUAGUGCUCAACGUGCACUUUCGCACGUCAUCCACCCACCGCAUGGCACCUUGGGUCAAGAAGGUGUUCCUCCACAUACUUCCGCGCCUGCUUGGCAUACCCCGUCCCGCGCCGGAAGAACCCCUCUUCAAGCUAGUGGUACCCAGCUGCAACGGCACCGACACGGCGCGGGACCCGUACGCCACUGCCUCUACGAGUGCGUCGCCGGGUCCGGGAUUCGAGGAAGGCGUCUAUCUGCGAGAAGAGGACCCCAUCGUCUGCAAGGUGCACGGUAUUCGCAGAACUGCCAGCGAAACGUUCGCGGACUAUGCGACCGAGCCGUCUUCCGCAGGGCACCGUCGUCCAUCGCCACCUUCGCCCUUGGUUGGUGGCGCACCAGGCAUGAGGCUCCACUUCUGCCCUGAGCUGCAGCGCGCGCUCGAGUCCGUGCACUUCAUAGCCGACCAUACGCGUCGAUAUGAGGAUCACCUCGAGGUGAAGGAAGAUUGGAAGUACGUCGCCAUGGUUCUAGACCGGCUGUUCUUGUGGAUUUUCACAGCAGCCGUCAUUGUCGGCACAUGCGCCAUCAUUUUGGACGCACCCACGCUCUACGAUACACGUGAGCCCAUCGACGUGCGGCUGUCUGAGGUCCUUAGCGUACUUUACAAGGGACAGCAAUCCUAGGGAGCAUGGCCGUUUCAAAGAUCACUGCUGCCAGACAUGACAUGAACUGCGUGGCCCAAGCCAUGGCUCUUCUUCGAACUAUUUAUAUUUUAAGAGCGAGGAUGAUAGGUAAUGCAUCCGGUCCAGCACAGCCUGUCUUCUCAAGCUGCCAUGGAUCCUGCAGCAGUGUCAGCCAUCUGUGCUCACAACGCGUAGAAAGCCAUCGCGGCACCAACUUUAUGACUGCCUCGGCACGAUGGACCAAUGAAGACGAAAGUAGAAAGCACAACUCAUUGCCAAGGCGUCGCACCUCCCAAUGUGCAAGAAUGCCGGGACCCUCUUUCCCCAAUCCCGUAAACCAAACUCCCAACGCCACCUUACCUAAUCCCACGUUUAGCAUCCAGUAAAGGUCACCAUAUAACAGGACCACGCUUACCUUUAGAGAAAAGAUGCCUGGCUACAGGCCAAGAUGCCAUCACCUCGCCUGAUUUUGUCUUUUAUUUCAGAUGACCAAUCCCAUUUGUCUGUAAGUCGCACUUGGUAGUUACAAAAGCCAGGCGUAAAAAUAUAGACAGCGGGGGCAUCAUUUUCAGUAGAGCGGAAUGAAAUGGUGGAACAUAAUAGGGCUUUCCAAUAGACCACCAAAGGGCGAAAGCUUGACAUUGCCCAGAAUCGCACAGAGUACGGUCACCGAAAGUGUGACGUUACCUUGUCCGAUAUAGUACAAAGCCGACCGUUCACGCUGUGCGUAAUUCGAUGUCUACACUUGCUUGCUUGCCACGUCAUCU